CUGGGCUCGGAUUUGGCGAAAAUUGGGAUUUGACAGCACUCACCAGGGCUGCGAUAAUAACCCAUUUCCACUUCAGGAGUGUGCGGAACAGAUGCAUUUGAAUGAAGGGACCCGCGGAUCCACGGGAUGGUGUCAGUGAGCUGAGGAAACGGUCAGAGUGUGAAACCCGUCAUGUCGUUUUUCAAGAGGAAAGCCAAAAGCAAAGAACCCGAGAGAGUGUCGGAAGCUAAAGCCAAUAGAGCCUCACCCAGCCCUCACUCUCCAUCACUCGGACUGGGGAACCACCAUGCCGUCCAGCAAGCUGCCGGGCCCAGCCAUGUGGCCAUCAACGCCAUCUCUGCCAACAUGGACUCCUUUGCCCGCGGUCGCACGGCCAUCCUCAAGAAACAGCCGAGCCACAUGGAGGCUGCACACUUUGGAGAUCUUGGUCACUCCAGCGUGAACUAUCACCCCCAAGAUGACCGCUCUCGGCUGUCCAAGACGGUGGAGCACGUCCUCCGGGACAACGUGGCGAUACCGCACUACAUGCAUUUCAUGGAACAGCAGGGCGCCGACCACCUGGUUCGGUUCUGGCUGGAGGCGGAGAGCUUCCGCUCCGCCAGCUGGUUGCGGGUCCGAGCGCACAGCCUGAACUCUGUCAAACAGAGCUCUUUGGCCGAGCCUGUCCCCGCCUCCCCCGAUGGCUUGGAGCCGCCGGGGGAGACCCAGCGCGUCCCCAAUGCUCUUAGCCGCGACAGUAGCAGUGAGCGCCCGGCGGUGCCCCCCGAGCGGCGGGACUCCUCCGGCGCCGUGGCGGGCCUGAGACCCGGCACUCCUCGAGCAGAAACCCCCACCAAGCAGGCACACUCCAGGACGGGGACCCCCUUCAAGGUGCAGUCAAUCAGCACCCUGCAAGACCUCUCCGACCAGCUCAUGAAAAGUAUAGAGAAAGAUGCAGUUACAAUCUUCACCAAAUACAUCUCUCCAGACGCUUUGAGGCCCAUCCCUGUCAAUGAACAGAUGAGAAACGACAUAGUUGCUAAGAUAUGUGGCGAGGAUGGCAUGGUGGACCCAAACUGCUUUGUCAUUGCACAGUCGGUAGUCUUCGCCAUCUUGGAGCAACAGCACUUUAGCGAGUUCCUGCGGAGCCACCAUUUCUGUAAAUACCAGAUCGAAGUGUUGACCAGCGGCUCGGUGUUCCUGGCUGACAUCUUGUUCUGUGAGUCGGCGCUCUUCUACUUCUCUGAGUACAUGGACAAGGAGGAGGUGAUGAACGUCCUGCAGUUCUGGCUGGCGGCGGACAACUUCCAGAACCAGCUGGCAGCUAAAAAGGGCCAGUAUGACGGCCAGGAGGCUCAAAACGAUGCCAUGAUCCUCUACGACAAGUAUUUCUCACUCCAGGCUACCAACCCUCUGGGCUUCGGCGACUCUGUGCGGAUGGAGAUAGAGUCGAAUAUCUGCCGGGAGGGGGGGCCGCUCCCCGACUGUUUCACCACUCCACUCAGACAGGCCUGGACCACCAUGGAGAAGGUCUACAUGCCGGGCUUCCUGUCGAGCAACCUUUACUACAAAUACCUGAGUGACCUCAUCAACUCGGUGCGGGUGGACGAGUUUGUGAAUGUCAGCGCUGCAGGUCAGGGCGGGCCCGCGGACGGCGAGCGCUCCAGUUUAAAUGCCGGCGAGGGCUCUCAGACUCAGCAAAGUGCCAAAAGGGCAGAGAUCAAGAUCCUGAAGAACUUUGACGAGGCCAUCACGGUGGACGUGGCCAGCCUGGACCCGGAGUCCUUGUACCAGCGGCCCUACGCUGGAAGGAUGACGUUUGGGAAGGUGAAUGAGAUGGGCCAGUUCAUCAGGGAGGCCGAGCCGGAACCGGACGUGAAGAAAUCCAAAGGUUCCAUAUUUUCUCAAGCCAUGAAGAAAUGGGUCCAAGGCAACUCCGACGAGGCCCAGGAGGAGAUGGCAUGGCAGAUUGCCAAGAUGAUCGUCAACGACGUCAUCCACCAGUCGAAUCACGACAGCCCCGGCAAGGCCACCAAGUUAUGACCCCACUGAGGAACCGGAGGGGCGUCGCUCCACCGCCGACGCUGGCCAAGCCGCUGACGAACUGUACGCAGGGUUCACCCGGCGUUGAACCGCAUCACUCCGAGAACAAACGAGGCGUUUUAUCACCUCCCUCCCCGCCUCCCAACCGCUGCGUGGACUCAUGGGAAAAGUUACAUCAACGUUUCAAUGUUCCGACUCCAUGACACUACGAAGGUACACAAAGUAGUCGACUAAAGGAAGCCAGGAAGCGUACAGCGCACGAUGGAAGAAAGCCGUCAUGAAGAAGCCGCGCGUCAGCGUGGAGAGGACCUACGGAGGGCGUGACAAGGACUGAACUACCCUCACGACACGCCUCCUUUUAUAACCAUUCCUUGUUUUUAGAUGAAAUUCCCCCUUGUGAGGGUCGGCCACAUCAGGCAGAUGAAAAUCAGUUGUUGGCACGCGCUUCCAUCCGCCCGCCCGGAGUCGUGUUGUCUGCUGUUCACCGACCCUCCCUCCCCUCCCUGUCCCCCGGCUGUUUAUUUUCUGUACUGUAGGAGAUUUGGAAAUGAAACAGAAGAAGAGACGACUCGGUCCUCGGAUCGGCUGACCUCCUAUAUGAACCUCCCGGCACCUUUUUACAGAGGGUAGACGAAGAAAUACUCCCCUAACGAACUGAAGUGCUCCAUUUGUGUCGGAAAACCCCAAACUCCAUGACCAAAAUGUAGAUUUCUGGUUUACCCCAUAUAUUAAUGUUGGUCCUUUUUUAUAGUGAUCGCCGUUUUUUGUUUUUGUUUUUUUAUGCAUCUCUGACACCAAUGUCAGUGAUGACCGGACUGUUCAACUGGAAAGUGUGCUCAGUGAAUAAAACCCCUUUUUUUUUUUUAAAGUAAUUAUUUCUUUAGAGCUUUACCAAGAUGUGGAAAAGAAACAGAAAAGACUCUUGGUACUAUGUACCACUAAUGUUUUCUGACCUGUAUGUAUGUGUACUUAAUCUAUAAUAUAUUUAAAUUGUGUUUGAUUUAAAUACAUAUAUUAUGAAAUGUU